CAUGUGCGUCUGCGCGUAUUUGAAACGGAAGUGUUCGCUCUCUGAAGCUGAAGCGUCUUUAGUGACUUCGCCGUUGCACACAAAGAACUUGUGCUCAACGGUAUUGAUGUGGAUAUAUACGUUUUGUCUCCACGCGAGUAUGUUCGUAACGGUUGCGUAGGCGUCAAUGUGAGAGCACUUAGUCUGGGAAAAUCCCUCGAUCUGCCUGCAAAAUAGUCAAAUUUGCCCGAAUGGCAUUUUAGCAUGCUAACAUAUUAGCCAACGUUAUCGCUUAAAAACAGAAAGGGGUGCUUUUUCAGCCUAGCACUUUGGAAUUGUGUGUGUGACAUCUGUGAGAAAUCAUCAUCAGCGACAUGCCAGAAAUCAAGAUCAAGCACGUUGUAUCCUGUAGUACCGAAGAUGCAACUCAUAAGGCAGACAACUUGCUAAAAUGUGACACCUACAGGAAGUGGAAAGCAGCAACACCCGGAGAAAAACAGAUAUCAGUCAUUUUGCAGUUUGAGAAGGAAGAGCAGGUGCACAGCAUUGAUAUUGGGAAUGAAGGCUCAGCUUUUGUUGAGGUUCUAGUUGGAAAUUCUUCUGCUGUCAGAGAUCAGGAUUAUGAGGUCCUUCUGGUGACUUCAACUUUCAUGUCCCCAACAGAGAGCCGCAAUGGCACCAACAUGAAUCGAGUGCGGUUCUUUGGGUCAAACCAGCUGCAGAAGACCACAGCACAAGAGAAGUGGGACAGGGUUAAAAUUAUUUGUAGCCAGCCAUACAGCAAGAAUAUCUUGUACGGACUGGCAUUUGUCAAGUUUCAUUCACCUCCCGAUAAAAAUGAUCCACCUCCAACAUCCUCUCCAAAACUGACCAGGCUGGGUCAGUUCAAAAUAAAAGACGAGCCUCCAUCUAUAUCAACUAGUCUGCACCCAGGCAGUCUCUUCUCAGGUCGUGACAGUUCAACAACAAUGGGUACUUCACUCAAGGUUUCCCCUCAAAAUACGAAAUUGACGUAUGCUGCUGCUGCCCUGCAGUCCAGUGGCACCUCUCACUCUUUAAGCCAAGCUCCCUCACACAUCACUUCUACACCAACACAGACUCCAACAAAAAGAAAAUUUGAUUUUAGCAAAGGUCAGCAGUCUGUUUCUGGACCACCUCAUCUUAUGAAUAUUGGCCCAGUUAAUUCACCAGAGGGAAAAGCAACCCCCCAAAACAAGUCAUGUCCACCCACCACACCCCGUCUCAGUGCUACAAAAGGUCCUCCAAAUGAGAAGUCUUCGGACAAGAAGAUUAAGAGUCGAUCUAAAUCUGAAGAAGGGAAAUCCCAGGUUAUGCAGCAAGUUCCCUUCAACCGGAUCAUGGAGGGUGUAGUGUUUGUACUGAGUGGCUUCCAAAACCCAUUCAGAGGGGAGCUCAGAGAAAAGGCACUAAAUAUGGGAGCCAAAUACCAGCCUGACUGGACAUCAGACUCAACUCACCUCAUAUGUGCCUUCGCUAACACCCCCAAGUACUUCCAGGUAAAAAGAGCAGGAGGAAUCAUCGUGAGGAAAGAAUGGCUGUUGGAUUGUCAUAAGAGAAAACAUAAGAUCUGCUCUAAAAGGUAUUUGAUGGAUGACGCAGAGUCCAGCUCUGAAAGUGAAAUGGAAUUGGGGGACCAGAGUGAAGAAGAUGAUAAUAUAGCGAAAUGGACAGAAAUGCCGAAGACACAGAGGAUGAGCUGCAAAGGGUGGAGGAUAAUAAUAGGCAGAAAAAAUCACCGAAUGUUGAGAUGGCAAAAAAGCAAGAUCCCUAUGAGGGAUCUACAGACGAAAACACGGAUGUUGAGACUGAAGGAGAUCAUCCGAUCCCGGAGUUGCCAGAUUUCCUUAGGAAAGCAUUUUUUGCUCUUUGGUCAAUUUCCUCACAACGAGAGACGUCUUUUGUUGCGGUAUAUAAUUGCAUUCAAUGGAGUUGUUGAGGAAUACAUGUCAGAAAAGGUGCAGUUUGUGGUGACCAGUGAAGGCUGGCAUGACUCUUUUGAAGAGGCACUGAUGGAGAACACUAAUCUGAACUUUGUCAAAACAGCAUGGAUAUAUGCAAUUAAUGAAAAACAGAGGAUGCUGCCUUAUCAGUCGUACUCUGUUGUACCCUGAACCACCACAUACAAGAAAAGGUGUGUUUGAGCACAAUUUUUAUAUUAAACAAGAAGUGGAUGAAAAAAAUGAGAAAUGGAAAAAAUAUGAAUAAUUUCAGUUGUGUUUUAGGCUAAUUUAGGAUACAGUUUGUUUGUUUGUUUUGGUGUGGUUUUGCCCAUUCUGCCUCAUAUCAAUAUGAUAGUCAUUAGUCUAAUUGAAACUAUAGGUUAGUUAGUUGGUUAACUUUGCUGUCAUGUGAGUUCCAGAGUAAGCUAACAAGGCUUAAACACAUUAGUGAGCUAGAGUGUUAAUCUCUUCUAAACAUCUAUUUUGUAAAACAAUUUUCUGUAAUGUAUAAAUAAAUAAUUGUUAAUGUUUA